AUGCCUAGCCAGGGCCCUAGGCUUGCCCCCCGCCACACCCACGAGACCUACGAGGCCAAGUGUGAGCGGCAUCAGGAGGCCAGGGAGAGCCGGCGCUGGCGCCCCAACAUGACCACCUGCCGCCUGGCACAGCAGGCCUCACGUGCCUGGCACCGGGAGCAGCUACAGGGUGCCCGGCAGCGCCAGCUCUUCUGUAGGAGGCGCCUGGACCAGCCCGAGGCUGUCACCGAUGACAGACAAGGGGUCCAUGAGAACACGUUCCUCCAAAAGCAGCUGCCUGGCAACAGCUCUGGGGGGCCCCCCACCCAGCAUCUACCCCCCACAGGUGUCCUGAGGGAUCUGGCCAAACCCCCAAGCCCCCAGACUGAGGUCAAACCUACCCUGGACAACCCCAUAAAGCAGCCCACCAAGCUGCACUGUGGCACCCAGACACUGGUGGAAACAGCAGUUGCCCCAGGCAGGAGCGACGCCAGUCAGCAAACCAACUGUGGCGUGGCAGUACUGGAUAAGGAAAUUCUGCAGCUCUCUGAGUAUCUCAAGGAGGCACUGCAGAGGGAGCUGGUGCUGAAGCAGAAAAUGGUGCUGCUCCAAGACCUGCUAGCUACGCUCGUCCAGGCCUCACAGAGUUCCUGGAUGGGGCAGCUCAAUGAAGACAAGCUGAAGGGCCGACUGCACACCCUGGAGAGCCAGCUGCGCACAUGCACACAGAAAGCCUCCCCAUGGGGCCUGAAGAAAGCACUGAUGGAACUGGAGGAGCAGAAGAGCAGCUACGAGCAGAAGGCCAGGGAGUCUCUGCAGCGGGUGCUGGAGGAGAAGAUGGGGGCUGAACAGCAGCUGGAGAGCGCGCAGCGGUCCUUGGCUCAGGCCAAGCAGCAGUGUGUAGAGUGGAGGGAGCGGUAUGAAUCCCUGCAUAAAGACUGGAGCCACCUGCAGGGCCGCCAGGGGGAGAUGGAGCAACAGCUGCAGGCACUGAAAUCCAGGAUGCAGCCCCUGCACUCGGAGACAGCGUCCACUCGGCAAGGUCAGACCACUUGCCCCUACAAACUGACACCUGGGGACUUACAGCACCUGUUGGCCCGUGUACCCCCUGUACAUAAUCCAGGUCAGGUGCUGAAACAGACAGCAUUUGCAGACCAGGACCCAAGUGAGCAGGGAAUGACCAAGAGAGCAGAUGCUGAAAGGGCUCUGCUGCUUCGCAAGGAAGAGGAGAGUGGGGUUAUGGCGGAGCGUGAAGGGACAACCACCUUGGCAGAGAUGGAAGGUUCUGGAACUCCCAAUGGUGGGCGCUUGUACCUCUUUCCCCACUUCCUAAUCUGA